CACUAUACGUGCAUAGACGGGAAUGGCAAGCGAGAAGCUGCAUCGCGAAGUGGUGUGGAACACGGCGCAGAGCGUGGACGAGGCCGCCGGUGGUAGGGUGCUGGUGAGUGGCGAGACGGUGGCGAUGGACAAGGAGCUGAUGGAGGAGUUGGGCGUGAGCCAUGUGCUUCGUGUCGGCAGCUUUCUGGAUGCACACUUUGCGGACGACUUUGUCUACUCUGAGCCCAUAGAGGUACUCGACAUGCCAGACGUUCCCAUCAUCAAUCACUUUGAUUACGGCGUGAGCUUUGUGGCCGAUGCGCUCGCCUCGGAUCCCACCGCCCGAGUCCUUGUCCACUGCCAGCACGGACAGUCGCGAUCGGUCACGCUUCUCGCUGCCUUUCUCAUGACGAAGCAUGGGAUGGAGGUCGAGGCUGCACUCGCCGCCAUCACCCGCGCCCGUCCAGUUGCCGAGCCCAACGAGGGCUUUGUCCUCCAGCUCAAGCUCUACGCCGCGCUCGGAUGCACUACCGAUCACCCGGUGGGAAGCCCGGGUGCUGCCCUGCUAGACGUGUUCUACGCUGGCCAAGGCGAGUUUGCGUACGUGCCUCAGUGGAAGCGGUACACUUGA